GUAAAAAAAAAAAAAAACUAAAACCCAGAAACAACAAAACUCAGCAGGCUUUACCCUUAUAUCAGAAACACAAAAUAGAGUCGCACCGAACUCACCUUUGCCGUAAGGUGGCCGGAAAAAGCAGCCGGAAUCAUCCGUCGAACGCCAGAAACAGUGAGAGGCUGUUGUUCUGAAGCGCACCCAAUUGACUAAGAAGGAUGAGUGAGCUUUUUUUCGAUGACAUUUUUAAGAUUGUGGAUGUAGACCCAGAUGGAAAAAAGUAUGACAAAGUUUCUCGGAUUGUUGCACGAAGUGAGAAGCUUGACAUGUACAUGCUUCUAGAUGUGAAUACAGAGAUUUAUCCUAUGAACAAAAAGGAAAGAUUCUUGUUGGCUUUGUCUCCAUCGCUUGUUUUAAAUACCAAGGAUGGCUCAGUUUCAAUCCAAGAAAAGUUUGAAUACAUCAUGUAUGGAAGGUUAUAUGACAUUACAGCAGAUGGACUUACGCGUUCUCCGCCUGAAGUGGAGGUAUAUGCAUCAUUUGGCGGACUUCAGCUGAUGCUGAGAGGGGAUCCUUCCCACUGUGUCAACUUCGCAGUUGAUCAGACGAUGUUUUUGCUAAUAAGGAAGCUUGAAAGUUGAACUGCUGAUGUUACCUGUUGUUGAGAAGAUAAACAUGCUAGCUGGCACCAAGUUUUAAGUACGCUAUGAUCCUGUAUUGGUAAUUUGUUAAUGAUAAUUUGGCGUAGCAUACACUAGUAUUUUGGGAGAUUAGGGUUCUGUUUUGAAUGUUUCUACGAAAUUAAAGACAUUAUUAUGAAAUUAGACUAUUUGAUUGCUUUGAAUCCCUAUUAAAAAGGGUGCUAAUCUCAUGAUUUUAUUGCUCACAUUUUUACAUAUCAA